AUGGCCUCCUCCACCUCGCCCAUCAUCUCCAAAAUCCUCCAACUAUCAGACCUCGAACUCGCCAUCCUCCUCUGUCUCAUCUCCCGCGAACACGGCAUAAUAACCACCCCUUCUGCCUGUCUCUCUCUCCUCGCCACCGAACUCCGCCUCGUGGCAAUCCAUACUUUCGGGUUAACCUGCUCCGUUAUCGACUGCACGCCCUCCACGACCCUCGACGACUUCGCUUCCGCUCUCCUCCUCCAUCCCGAAUCCGCCCAACAGUCCCAACAACCAGAUUACUUUGCGCAGAGCCCACAGCGCAGCGCGCACACGCCUCCGCCCCUGCCGAGCUCCCAAAUCGCAAACUGCAUCAUUGCCAAGAGUUUUAAUCUCGCCCACAAGUCCGUCCAAAUCCAGGCUCUGGAGUUACUCCGUACGCGACGCAUAUUCACACGGACUUCAGUGCAAGCCGCCCCUAAGCAGUUCAUCUUCGUACCCGUGUUGGAGGCAGAGGCUCCUGGGAGGGGAGAGCGAGUGACACCACACUUGAACGACUUCUUUCUCUUGGCGCAUUGGCAUGAUCCUGAAGAAGGGUUUGUGAACAUUGACGAGGAGGAAGAGGUGGAGGGAGAAUCGACAGAGCGCGCGACUGGGCGGGACGAGAAAAGUCCAGUCUUGAUACCGGAAAGCGAAAUAAGCCAUCUCGCGCAGCUCAGCCAACAAGUGCAAGUCGACGUCGAGGUAAUACGUUACCAAAUGAACAUUGUGUCAUUCUUACGCAUGCACCGUGCCGUGGCAGACGGUGUAACUCCCAAUGCAACAAAACAUCUUGACAAGCUGAUGCGGUGUCUUGCCCCCCUACACGGAAUAGACUUCGUUACACCUGCCCUUGUGGGCGUUGCGGUUAAGAAGGUUUAUUUACACCGGAUACGAAUCACGUCCCCAGAGAAUGAGCGUAGCAUGCAAUGGGGAAGCACGUUGGAUGCUGUGGCAGCCAUCUUGGCAGAUGUGGGACCAGAGGAAGUUGUCGAGGAUGUUUUAGGUAUGGUGACGGCGCCGAUAUGA